CGGUGGGCAGCCGGUGCUGGACUAUAAAGGCUGCCGGAGAGCGUCUCUCCUCAGUCGCAGUCGACUCGAGCACCAGAGCUGACCGGCAGAGCAGAUAGCAGCACGCGCACACUAACUCGCUCUCGGUUUGGAUUUUGGGAUGGAAUCUCGUGCGGCUACGCGGAGCGCUCGCGCCUCCAACACUCUUACCUUCAAGAGUGGUUUGUCUCUUUGGUUGGUGGUAUGGCUGUUGGCAUGUCGCUGUGCACCGGGUCAGGCGUGUCCCAGGAUGUGUGUUUGCUACCAUACGCCCAUGACUGUGAGCUGUCAGUCUCAGAACUACACCACUGUUCCUACUGGCGUGCCCUACGACUCCCAGCGUGUCUUCUUGCAGAACAACCGUAUCACCGAGCUCAGAGCUGACUCCUUUGGCUUCGAAACACAGGUCCUGUGGCUGUACUCCAAUAACAUCACGUGGAUCGAAGCAGGUGCAUUCAGCAAUCUGCGUGUCCUGGAGGAACUGGAUCUGAGCGAUAACCCCUCGCUGCGCAGGCUGGACGGAGGUGCGUUCAGGGGGCUGGAGCGUCUGCAGAGCCUUCACAUGCACCGCUGCCACCUGACCGAGCUGCCCGCCGACCUCUUCCUCAAGCUCUACAGCUUGCAGUUCCUCUACCUGCAGGAAAACCAGCUGAGCCACCUUCCCGACGGCCUCUUCUCCGACCUGGUCAACCUCACCCACCUGUUCCUGCAUGGCAAUCGCAUCCGCGUCCUGUCUGAGAACGCCUUCCGCGGCCUGGUGAAUCUCGACCGGCUGCUGCUGCACGACAACCGCAUCCGGCAAGUCCAUCGGCGAGCCUUCCGUGACCUGGGCAGAUUGACCAUCCUCUAUCUCUUCAACAACACUCUGCAGGAGCUUCCGGGUCAGGUGCUGAAGGACACGUCCUCGGUGCAGUUCCUCAGGCUCAAUGGCAACCCCUGGACCUGCGGCUGUGAAGCCAGGUCGCUCUGGGAGUGGUUCCGCAAAGCUCGGAUCUCCAGCUCAGACCUAACUUGCUCUUCACCAGCCCCUCGUAAAGGCCAGGACCUGAGAUUCCUGCGGGAGAUGGACUUCGCUCUCUGCCCGUUGCCUGACCCAGGAUCUCUGGCUGGCACUACAACCACCACCUUCAGCACCAAGACCCGUUGGUGGUUCUCAAAGAACAAACCGGCUUCAUCGUCCAAGAGCCACUUUCACAAGAGCAGCGAGACCCUGAAGGCCUUUCCAUUCAGCUCCGUCAAGAAUCCCUUGUCCUCUUCAUCAUCCUCCUUUUCUUCCAAGUACGAUCUCACGGCGGAGGAGGCUGCCUUACCCAAGCUAGAGCCCGAAGAGUACUGGGCAAACUACGGCAAUGAGGAUGCAGCCUCAGUCCCCUGUUUCGAGCUCGAAUGCCCACCGGGUUACGACUCUCCCAUUCUCCCAUCUUCCUCCUCUUCGGCUUCACUUCUGUCCUUCCUCUCGCUCACAGCACUGACUCUCUCUUUCCAUCUGCUCUUCAGCUGAGUUUUCCUUCUCCUCUCUUGUUACGCUCCACUACCUUUCUCCUGCGAUCGGCUUAUGCUGAUGAAUGCAUAGAAGCAGCCAUGCAGAGAAGGGUACCGAGACUGGCACAUGACAACAAAUUAAACACAACACACAGAGACGGGGUUACUGCAUGCGUGCAGCAUACCUCACGUCAUGUUCUUCUCUAAAAUAAGAGAACACAGUAGAGGGGUAAAGAGAAAUAUAGGGAGUGAUGUGCAAAAUGAAACUAGAGGUAAAGGAAAGUCUCUACACAGAGAGGAAAACUCUCAAACCAGCAAAUGAUAAUGUAAUGUAAAUUAUCAAUAUCAUCAUGUACAUAGGAACAUACAUAUACUCACAGGAUCCUGAACAUGCUAUAGUCAGUAGAUUUGAGUUGGGUUCCAGACACAUCAUCACAUUCAGUAGCUCCAAACACUUUUUAAACAACUUAAGCUACACUUAAAAUGUUUACAUUUCAAGAAAGAGUUUCACAAUAUAAAACAUGACAACAGAGAUGUUCUGUUUUGAAACAUUAUGGUUAUCAUAGUGGAAUGUCCAUAGUUAAUGUAAUGAACAUUAUUACAUAUGCAUAUUAUAUAAUGCUCUGACAUUUUUAGCAGUGGUUUAAGUAUCCAAAUAUUUUUGGGGCCACUGUAUAUGAUGUCUGAUGAAAAGAUGAGCUAAUGGAAGAAUGGACUGACAGAGACCGUCGCUAAUGUUUUUCAUUUGUUAAAACUGUGUCAAGUGCUUUGGGUUGUGUUAGUUAAUCUGAGUUCAGGUACUUUGGAUAUCAGGUGAAGUUAGGGCAGGAAGUCAAUGUUUAAUUCAGCCUGAAGAACCUCUUGAGGUUAGAGAUCUGUGUUUUCUCUGUAAGAUAUCACACAGUCUCUCUCUAUGAGCAAGUGUUCAGCUGUUUACAGAUCAAAAUGUCAAACACAAUCAUGCUCUCUGUCUUAAAAAAACUUGUAAAUAAAAAUCACCAUGAAUAAAUAUUCAUUAUCUUUGCCA